AUGAGCAACGGCAAGCGGCUGCAGACCAUCAAUUUCAUCUUGUUGAUCGUACUUGGGUUCCUGAUACUAGAAUCAUUAUUCCAUCGACAGACACGGUUGGACACCACGAACGAUGUUAUCGACUACGUCGACGCAACGGCAUCUACGCCCCGGGAGUCGAAAUCAGCGACGGUAGGCAAGCUCAUGAUGCAGUAUGGGCCAGUCAAUCCAAUGUACGAGCGAGCGCUCGCAACACAUGUACCGCACAAUCAACAACACAGCUAUUCGAUGUCCGUCCUCCGCCAGACAACAGCGGGACCAUUAUGGUCGAAGCCUGCCUACAUGCUACAGCACGUCCUGACUGAGCUCGAGAAGCCAGCCGAGUUCCGCCUAAAUUGGCUCUUCUGGUUCGACAGCGACAUCGUCUUACUCAAUCCGAACGUGCCACUGGAAGUGUUCCUGCCACCGCCAACCCCUGACAAUCGGUGGGAUCACAUCCAAGCCCUCGUCUGUCAAGAUAGCAACGGCCUCAACACCGGUGUGCUUGCUCUCAAAGUGGACAUAUGGGCCGUGAAGUUCCUCGCCUCCACAUUAUCAACAAGGGAGUCUCAGCCCAACGUCGAGCUCAAGUAUAAUGAUCAAUCCGCCAUGGAGUUCUGGUUGCAAUCCAACUUGUUCCGUAACAACACCAUGCAUGUACCGCAGCGAUGGUUCAAUGCGUAUCCUGGCAAGCGUGGCACAGCGUCAGGCCUUCCAGAUCCAUACCUGCCACAGACAAGGUGGCAUGCAUAUGCUGUGAGGGAAGGAGAUCUGGCCGUGCAUUUCGCUGGCAAUGGAGAGACAAGAGCUCCGAGGAUGCUGCCAUGGCUUGAUGUCGCGGAGAAACGACUGACGAAGUGGGAGGUGCCGCUCAAUGAGACUGGGUUGGUGGACGAGGUCAAGAAGUUCUGGGAGAAGGACGCGGUCUGGGAGUGGGAGCGUGUGCAGGUGCUGCGCGAGCGGUCGAAUUACAAUUAUACUACGCCGCCGCGGGAAUGA